AUGCAGAUGAACUUGGGAAAAACCCUGAGGAUCAAGGGCAAGCUGUCCAAUGAUGUUGAUCAAGUAGCAAUUAAUCUGGGCCAAAGUGCUGAGAAAAUGAACCUACAUUUCAACCCACGCUUCAAAGAAUCCUACAUUGCCCUCAACUCUUUCAAUGGCAGCUGGGGUGAGGAGAAACGUGUACCAAUCAACUGCUUCGGCCCAGGGUCAGAGGUCACGUUCCAUAUAACCUUCGAGACACACCAAUUCAAAAUAAUGCUGCCUAAUGACAACGUGGUGACCUUUCCGAACAGGAUGGACAACUGCCAGCUGAGCUACCUGCAUGCAAAUUUUACAAUCACGAACAUGCAGAUGAACUUGGGAAAAACCCUGAGGAUCAAGGGCAAGCUGUCCAAUGAUGUUGAUCAAGUAGCAAUUAAUCUGGGCCAAAGUGCUGAGAAAAGGAACCUGCAUUUCAACCCACGCUUCAAAGAAUCCUACAUUGUCCUCAACUCUUUCAAUGGCGGCUGGGGUGAGGAGAUACGUGUACCAAUCAACUGCUUCGGCCCAGGGUCAGAGGUCACGUUCCAUAUAACCUUCCAGAAACACCAAUUCGAGAUAAUGCUGCCUAAUGACAACGUGGUGACCUUUCCCAACAGGAUGGACAACUGCCAACUGAGCUAUUUGCAACAAUCCUGUUUCCGUAGCAUGCUGUUGCCCCCUGGCGGCGUGUUGGAGAACCUGCCUGUGACACUGCUCGAGGCAUCCUGUUCCCAGGGAGUUCAAGUGCAUCCCGGCUGGGGAGCCACAGGUAAUCUGGAGAAUCAGAACCGCAGUAUCCUCAUCUAA